AUGAACCACUAUGCUAAUAAGAAGAGUGCAGCUGAGAGCAUGCUGGAUGUGGCUCUACUGAUGGCUAACGCCUCCCAGCUAAAGGCUGUGCUGGACCAGGGGCCAAACUUCUCUUUUUACACUCCCAUCGUCACCUUAAUCAGCAUCUCCCUCUGUCUGCAGGUCACAGUCGGGCUCCUGCUCAUCUUCAUAGUCCGAUGGAACCUGAAUGAUGAGCAAAAGCACUGGGAGCUGAACCUUAUAGAGAACUUGGCCACAAGCCUGGUUUUUAUCAUAGUGGUGGUCAACGUCUUCAUCACAGCCUUUGGAGUCCACAGGCCGAACCGCAGCGACUGAUGAAGAACACACACGCAGAGAAGACAGAGGCGGCAAAGUGCUGCACGUCUCCUGAGAUCAGACACCUGAACUCUCCUCCAAAGCUGCGCUGGAGAUACUGUCUUUGAUGUGGCCAUUUUCCUUCUCAUUCAUCAUUAGAAGAAAUACUUGAAAGGUCUCCACCCGAGUAUGAAAUGCAUCCUCCCUGCACAGAAGUCUUUCUUCAGCAGUCAACAAGGUUUAAUGUUGCGUUUAA